CCGCCGCUGGCGGCCAAGUCCGCCCCCUCCUCCCUCCGCCCUUUGUCGUCCUCCCUCCGCCCGAAAUUCACAUUAUGAAUAAAGAAGCACCGCUCUCGAUUGCGGAGCGCGACUUCAUCCUCAAUGCGCUGCGCGAGGAUGUACGGCUGGACGGUCGCGCCGCGGAUGAGUUGCGUCCGUUGAAGGUGACCUUCGGGGAAGAGUAUGGGCAUGUGAAGGUGCAGCUUGGUCGGACGAGUCUAGUGACGCGCAUCUCAGCCGAAGUGACGAAACCGCACGACGACCGGCCGUUUGAUGGGCUUUUCACGAUCGCGAUGGAGCUGACGGCGAUGGGGUCGCCCGCCUGGGAUAAUGGACGACAAGGCGACCUCGAAACGUACGUGACCAACGUCCUCGACCGGGUGAUCCGCCACUCGAACGCGCUGGACACGGAAUCCCUGUGCAUCGUCAAGGGGGUGAGCUGCUGGAGCAUCCGGGCGGACGUGCACAUCACCGCCUACGACGGCAACCUGAUCGACGCGGCGUGCGCGGGCAUCAUGGCAGGGCUGCAGCACUUCCGGCGCCCGGACGCGGUCGUCAAGGACGGCCAGGUGAUCGUCUACGGGCUGGACGAGCGGGUGCCCGUCGCACUGAACAUCACGCACAAGCCGCUGGCCGUGACCUUCCACUCCUUCGACGAGGGCAAGCGCGUGGUCCUCGACGCCACCCGCCGCGAGGAGCAGGCCGCCGAGGCCGACGUCGUCUUCGGGCUCAACAACGCCGGCGACGUCUGCUUCAUGUCCAAGUUCUCCGGCUCGCCGGUCGACGCCAUGGUCUUCGUGAACAAGACCUCCGUCGCCCUCGACAAGGUCAAGGAGAUCAACGCCGUCAUCGACAAGGCGCUGCAGGCGGAUCUGGCCAAGCGGGCGAAGACGGGCAUGGCCGAGGAGUCGCGGGCGGAGAAUGAUCGGUGAUCACUACGUGCAAGUCUGGGUGGUUUUGGCGGGUUUUACUAGAGAUGUCAUGCAUAUUACCAGGAGUCUAAUGGUUUUAAAAGACGAGC